UAUCAUCAUUAUCGAUCCUCUUGUUUGUGUUGAAUAAAACGUGUCUUUUUUUUCGUUCGAUGAUUAUUAUGUGAAGAUCAUUAACCAACUGAAGAGAAAAAUAGAUUUUUUGUUGUUGCAUCGAAAGUCGAAGGUCAAUUUCAUGAAUUUGAUGAAUCAUAAAAUUGAUCAUAUCCAAAAAAAAAAAAAUUUUCGAAUCCAUUUAAAAUUCGAAUUUCUCGAAAAUUGGAGCAACUCUUUAUUUGACCUAAGCUAAGAACAUAUUUUUCGCCAACAUACAAUGAUUAUGAAACACAUUGGUCCUUGAAUUGGCCUGGAUUUUCGAAUCGAAUCGAAUGGAGUGGCAGCAAUCCUGUAAUAAUAAUAAUGGUGGUAAACGAAAACAUUCGAAACGAUUAUGGUUAGAAAUGAUGACGAUAUAUUCGGGUUUAAAAGCAUCAUAUAUUUGGGAUAUAUCAUCGGAAGAAAAUUUGUUAAAAAUUUAUCAUCAUUUACUUGAUGAGAUAAAUAUAGAUUAUCGUCGUCGUCGUCCUACUUCUGUUGGUUGGCCCAAUAUUAUUAAUGGCCAACAUUCAACAAUGUUGAGCAUAGUAAAAUUGUCACUGACAAAUUCUUCAGCCGCCACCACCACCACUACCACGGCCACUGACAACAACCAAACAAUGCCCGUUAUAUUCUAUGGCAAUAUUCAUCAGAUGAUUGAAAACAUUAAUUCAACAUUAGUCAAACUUGAUGUUUGGAUUCAGAAUGAUAACCAAAAUAACCAAAACAACAACAAUGAACAUUCAUUUAUUCAUCAUUUGUCAUCAUCACCUUAUACAAAUUUGAUCGACGUUUCAGCUGAAUUGAAUGAACCUAAAAUUAUUACAACGAUCGUUGGCCAACAACAACAACAACAACAAAAUCAAAAUAACAAUAAGGAAGAGGAAACUAUGAUGAUGAUGAGCUUAAAAUAUUGCCUCCUACACAUUCGUAAUCAACUUGUUGAUGAUGAUGUUGAUGUUAAUGAACCACGAUGUUUUGAUAUUCAUUUUGACAACAAUAAUAAUUGUGAUUUAUGUGCAAUAAGUGGUAUUCUACUUGGUUAUCCAAUCAUUUAUUGUAAUCGUUAUUCGAAUGAUGAUGGUAAUUGUCUUGCAAAUCAAUUAUUACGUAAUUAUCAAAUUUGUAUGGAAAAUUCUGAAACGAAAGAAUCAUUCAUUGUUUAUUCGUUUACAAUACCGGAGAAAUUUGUAUUGAUUUAUCAAUCAAAAAUUGAUCAAUGGUUUGAUUACAUGAAGCAACGAUUUAGAAAUAAUAUUGUAUUGAAAAUGCAAUAUAAAUUGGAAUGUCAUCCAUUCAUAUUGACCUAAUGAUGAUGAUAGCCCCAAUCUUUCUUUUUUUUUUCAAAAGUUACUGAGAAAAAAUGUGGGCGAAUAACUGACUGAAUGACGAUGACGACGAUGAUGAUGAAUGGCCAUAUCGAUUAUCAAUCAUACAGACUAAAA